GUUGUCAUCGGCUGUUCCGCACUACAACCUAAGACUCUAUUGAAAUUUUAGUUAAUUGACUUGUUUUUUGAGCUUCAUCGGCUUGCUUUUAAAUUGUUUGUCAUGUAGCUUUUGCCUUCGCAAUGUGCAUCUACUCCUACAUCAUUAUUAUUAUCGUCUCGCUGGUCAUCAUCGGACUCAUUUUGUUGCACGCUUUCAAGGUUGCGUAUUAAUGUCGCCGAACGACUCUGUCAGGCAUUCGACAUGGAACGCUGCCCAGAUGCGAACCAGACAUAAAAACGCGUCGCUCAGCGUCGUAGCUCAACAUUGCUCGACUGGACAGACAGCUGGAGAGAUGCGUCUAAGCCUAACUUACUUCCUGAGCCUCCUGCUGUUGCUGGCGAUGAUGUGCGGUCAGGCGCUAGUGAGCGCCCGGCCACAAGGCCCUUGCGGUCCACCGCCCAGUGGUACACCGCCAAGUGGACCGCGGCCGUCGGGUCCGCCGCCAGGCGGACGCUGCGCGCCACCACCAUCGACCACCGCCGCCUCGGGCUAAGCGAGCGCCACGAAUGCUCGAAAAUUCUGCAACCACCUCGGCAAAAGACUCCACUCCUUCUUUGUGUCUAU